AUAUGUGAAGCCUAACAUCUCGGAAUAUAUGAUAGUGUUUGACUAGACUAUUUUUGAGAUGGAUGCUUUAAAAACCUUUACAGUUUUGUGUUCUCUUCUACUAAGCUGUAUCGCAAGACCUCCUGUAUAUACUCAGAACCAUCCUCUCGCUAAACGGGAAGCACAAGGUGGUUCCGGAAGAGGUUUCGGUUUUGGUAUUGAAGGCGGUUUGGUUGGUAAUGCAAGUGAAUUAAUUGGAAAAAGUGGUGAUGAAGGCAGGGAUGGAGGAUUUGGUGUUGGAAUAAGCUCAGGCGGUGGUGGUGGAGGGGGAAGAGGACAAGGAGGUGAUGAAGGCACGGGUGGAGGAUUUGGUGUUGGAAUAAGCUCAGGCAGUGGUGGUGGAGGGGGAAGAGGACAAGGAGGUGGUGAAGGCACGGGUGGAGGAUUUGGUAUUGGAAUAAGCUUAGGCGGUGGUG